AUGGAGUGAACCAUUCCCAGCUCUCCCUUCUCCCUCUUUCUCCAUCUCCCCCUCGUCCGCAAAGUCUCCGCUGCUGGGAACUUGUUGGCAAUGCCUGUUUUUCAGCUUUCCCCCACGUUUUCCAGAGUAACUAUUUAAAGAUCUGCAGUCGCAAAUGGUUUUACUAAAUGUAGGAUGGGACUUAAGUUGAACGGCAGAUAUAUUUCUCUGAUCCUUGCUGUACAGAUAGCGUACCUGGUGCAGGCGGUGAGAGCAGCGGGGAAGUGCGAUGCGGUCUUUAGGGGCUUCUCGGACUGUUUGCUCAGGCUGGGCGAUAACAUGGCCAACUACCCGCAGGACCUGGACGACAAGAGAAAUCUCCAAACGAUCUGCUCGUACUGGGAUGAUUUCCACUCCUGCACCCUCACAGCCCUCACGGAUUGCCAGGAAGGCGCGACAGAUCUUUGGGAAAAACUGAAAAGGGAAUCCAAAAACCUCGAUUUUCAAGGCAGCUUAUUUGAACUAUGCGGAGGAAGCAACGGGUCAGCUCCUUCCUUACUCUUCCCUGCCUUCCCCCUGCUCCUGCUGGCUCUCUCUGCAGCGUUAGCGACCUGGUUCUCCUUCUAGGAGGUCUUUCCUGGUAGAACACACAUACCCACUCCCACACACACUCUCCAUAUACUGGAUUUAUAGAGGAAGUGUCCAUCCGUUUUUUGGGGACCGUUGUGAUUGAUUAUCUGUGAUGAUGAAACAUCCGUAUAGGAUUGUGGAAACGUUCUCUCUCUUUAUUUUGUGUUUUAUUUGCCAAAUGUUACCAAACAAUGAGCAACAAACAGCCAAAAUCGGACCUCAGCUUUAGUGUCUCUUCAAAUAAAAAUAGCAAACCCGAGCCCUUUGUGCAAAAGAAUCUCAGGAACGGCUUUGGGCCACCUAAUAUUAAUAAUCUUAAUAAAUAAUAAUAAUAAUAACAACAACAACAAAAGAUGGGCUCCUGUUAUAAUAUGAAAGAAAACGAUGAGUUGAGAAAAAAGGCACUGGAAAUGAAUCCAAGAUUGAUAUCCACGUGUGAAGCAUAUGGUGAAUAACUCACAAUCUAUCAUCUUUCCUCCAAAGUCGCUUGUUUUUUGGUCAUUCCACUGCAAAAAAAAAAUGUUUUUUCCUCGAUGGGAAAAAAAGAAGGACAGUUAAAAAAAAAGGAAGGAAGGAAAGAGAUUGUAUCUAAUGACUGAAGGAUUGAAUGCUGCUAAGAUUGCUGAGAGUUUAGCUUUACUUGGUGUUGUCAAAGCAUCUUUCCGAGUUCACUGCCUUUAAUUUCCCUCCUCCUCUCUUGUUUUAGAUGUUACACAUACAGUAAAAUACCUGAAUAUCCAACAGUAUAGAUCACAAAAAGGGGGCUUAAAUGUAAACCUAAAAAUACAGCAUAUUGAUUUUGACAAAAAAGAACCUUGAUUUUAAAAGAAAAGAUGUAAUUUAAAAAGAGUUUAUUAUAAAGCCAAUUCAGCAAAAAAAAUUUGCUACAAGUAUAGAAAGAAGUAUAAAAUAAAAAGUAUUGUUUGAAAUGAGGGUGUCGUUUUAUUUGUAAAAUAUGCAUGGUAUAUAUCUAUUUAACUGGACAGGCUUUUAAUGUAAUACCGCUAAAGGCAGAGCUGCUAAAUUAAUUAACAUCGUCAUCUUGGUGCAAAGAAAUAUAGAAUUGCUAAACUAAUUAACAUAGCCUUUAAAAACUCAUGCUAUAAAACUCUCCCCUAAAAAAGGACACAAUACUCCUUUUCUGAACCGUGGGGCUCAUCUGCUGUGACUGCUUACAGAGGGAACCAGCCCAAGCCAGCUAGAGUGAGUGCCAGAUUUCCGUGGGAACCCAGGGUGCCAGGGCAAUGGAGGACGGGCUCCCAGGUCUAGCAUUUUUGCAUUUGCAGCAGUUCGUCAAAAAUCCAUCCGGUUAUCCUUCCCUUCGUCACAUGCGCGGGUUUUGCUGGCACAGCAAUUGCAGGAGGCUUUAUAGGCAGACAAUUUACAACUAUAUUCUUUACAUACGUAUUUAGUGAUUUCUUUAAAAACAAUAAACCUAUUUUGCUGAAAAGGGGACCAUUUAUAGCUAUGGAAGGGAGAGAAGGCAACCACCAUUAAGAUGCUGCAAAGGAGGGACAGAAAGCUGCUGCCUGAGAUCAGAUGAGUCCUUUCAUAAUUAAUAAGACAGCUCAACUGAAAUAGCCAGGAGACUGGGCCCUAUUGAUUUAGCAGCAGAAGCUGCUAUAACCUUGUCUAUUUAUAGGAUUUUGAUGCCUUUAUGGAGAGGUAAACAUCAAGGAGUAAACGCAUCCUUUCUACCUAUAAGAGUCCUGCUGAGAGGGAGGAAGCUGAGGGGAAGGGGAGGAGGGGGGUCAGAGUUUAAUUUUGAUUCUGCAAUUCUAGUCAUACAUAUUAUUUAUUCUGGUGCGGGAGGGGAGUGUAAUAAUCCCCCUUCUCCAAUAUAUCAUUAUUCUCUCUCUGUCUCCCCAAAGGUCUGUAAAGUCUGAAAUGUAAUGGGUAAGCAAUAGCAAAUGUAACAGUUCAUAAAUCAAACAGUGGGUUGCAAUCCAAUCUGCAUUUCCCAAACGUAUUGAAUCCCAGCAACAAAUGGGCCCCGGAACUGGAGCCAGCCGCCUUUAGCACUGGAAGCGAUGUUGAUUUUUAAUGAUAAAAUACAUUAUGGGGGGUGGGGGGGAGAGAGAGGAAAUCACCAGUCUAUGCAAAGCUCAGAAUCAUUUCGUGGGCAUUUUUCCACCCUUCCCUUCCAUUCUUUCCCACAUUGGCACUGCCAGGGAACCGUGGGCUUUCUGCGAAUGGCUUUUCCCAAUUGAUCAAAAUGUAGAUCGCUAUUAAAAAUAAUCAUGACAUCACACGUUGCUAUUAUUUUUUUUAGCACAAACUAACAGCUGCAAGAGAGGGGGGAAGGAAAUGGGAGAGUUCAGGCAAACCCUGCACUGCUUUAGCACCCGCAAGAGUUCCCACUGAAGCGAACAGCAAAACUCUCAUUGAUUGCAGUGGCAGUAGAAUCGGGUCCUUCUUCGGGCCAGACUCCCACUGAAAUUUUGCCCCUUAAGGAGGAUGGGUCUUUUUUUUACUGCUAGUAGUUAAAUCCAUUUCCGUCAGGAGCUAAAUCCCGCUGGCUUUACAUGCGGUCAAAUCCUGUUAGCUGUAGCAAGCCGACUGACUUUCUAUCCUAAGCAGGAUGUGGUCAUGUGAUGCUAGUUUAAAGUCCCCAGUCCUGUAGUUCUUACUCGAUAAAACUUCCACUGAAAUAAAUAGAUUGGAUUCCACUGAGAGACAGAGAGAGAGAAAGAGAGAGAGAGAGAGGUUUUGACUGUAUAAGGACUGCAGGACCAAACGCCAAAGAUGUGCCAUUCUAUUGCAGAAAUACUAAUUGAAUCUGGAUUAAAAUGGCUUCUUAUUUCUUUAUAUUUCCAGAUUUUUUUUUAAACAAUAGUGGCUUAACUAUACAAGGAAAUCUCAAACUCUUUGGUAAGGGGGACCGGUUUCCAUCUCAGUACUGCGUUCAAGAGAUUUUCGAAUUAGAAUGAAUGAAUAAUAAAUCAUCUCUCUAUAUUUAGCAAAUACACAGAGUAGUUCUACAUGGCAACGAAACAGCAGACAGAGGGCUGGUGAAAUAAUAAGCAUGGUUUUUGAAGUUAGUGAUUAGUGAGCCAAUGAGAGACUAGGAUGCUGGGUUAUUUUAUUUGAAUUUUUUUUCCUCCUGGGGUAUUGCAAAUUGUUUCGAUUUUAAUAUCAAUCUUCUUAGAAUUUUAGAAGGGAAAGGAUUUGUUCAAUAGAAGCAAAAUCUCAUGGGAAAUCUCCCAUUCCGGUGUUAUUCCAAAUGCACCAGCAUGCAGAUGUGCCUUUUUAAUUGACAAAUGCCUGCUUUCAGAAAUCACUGUCUAAUGACAGGGUAAUUCCAGGCAAUAAGAUGAACAAGGAUGCAUAUGUUAUACAUAAAUCUACAUUGCAUCGCCUAUAUUUAUUUUUUAUACAAAGCAAGCGGGUUAUAAAUAAUGACUUACCCAGCUUUCUUUUCUAUAAAUGUAUAUGCCACCCACACAACCUCCUGACAGAGAGAAGAAACAAUAACCCAAAUCAGAGAGAGGAGACUGAAAAAUAAGCUAAUAAAGAACCACCAAAGGCAUCCACCGAAGUAGCACAGAAUAAGGAAUGGAUUUUAAUGACCAUGUAACUAUUCUUUCAAAAUGGGAUCUUCCCCCUGCUGAAGCCACUGGGAGUUUUUGACACUGAUUUCAGUGGGAGCAAGAUCAGCCUGUAACUUCACAGCCUAGACGGUUUCAUUUGUUUUCCAUUUAAAAGUAAAGAAAAGGUCAGGUGCAAGAUGAGGAACUUCCCCUCUGAUUUUCCAGGGAUGUAGCUGGGAAUUACUGUACUAGACAUAGCUGUUGUCAGUUAAGGUGAGUAAAUGAGGAGCUAAGGAGUUUGUAAAUGAACUAGCAGCAGCCUUAUUAUAGAGAAAAAUACUUAAGCUUCCAUCUCUGUAACUGUCUUGAAGAUAGAGGAGGAACUGCAGAACUGGAUUUCAAUCUCUUAAUAUUCUUAUUGUAGCUAUUUAUUAUUUGUAUUGCAGUAGCACCUGCUUUUGCACCAGUCUUUUGCUCCACAAAUAUUUGUUAGUUUCUUACAAAACAAACUAAAAAUUAGGAGGUGGGAACUGAAUUUAUUUGACACUUUAAAAUAUAAAUAUUUUACAUAAUGUGUUAACAAAUGAUCUCUGGCUUCUUUUAAUUACUGAUUGCUGAUCAAAACCCUGCUCUAUGGAGCUUUAAACAGCACAAUAUAGUCUCAAAUUAUAGUGGCAGGGCUAAAGCCUUCUCAGUGUUUAAGGUUAUGAAAGUGUAAAGGGUCUUGAACUUCCUGGAUGUUAUUCUUCUAUUUUCUCUUUGAUUUUUAAUCCAGAAGUUACUGUACUGACAUGUGUUUCCAGAGUUUUUCUUCUCAGCUGUGUCCAAAUAGCACAGGAAAAUAACUGACCCAAACCUAGUGAAAAGGACUAAGCAAACCAGGUUUGUUUAACCUCAUCUUUCUGUGCCCGGGAAAGCUUUAUGUUUAUGAGAAUAGAAGUGAUAAAAAGAGAAGACAGGAGAGACCAAGAAGAAACAAGCCAUGCUCUCUGCUGCACUGGUCCCACUCCCCAAUAAGCAGAUUGUUUUCAAAGCUGCAGGUGUCCAGUUCUCCAGAAACCUCACACCAGUUUCCAGCCCCUAGGCAAACAGGAGUUGGAAAAUUUAACAAAGGUAUUCAAAUGCUCAUUCAAAACUGAAAGGGACAGAAAUAACCCAACAAGUGCCCUUCUUUGUUAAAUUGGAAAGUAAAUGAAGUUAGCAGAAGCUGGAGCCACUAUUUUCAUUGUCAGAGCAGAUCUGCAGGCCCUAAUCCUUGUCCUAGUUCAGUCUGUGAGCAACAUCAGACCUGCAGGCUGCUGUCCCCUGAGACUCACUGAAGCUUGUCUCCUUCCUUAUGAAUUCUGGAUAAACUCAUAUUUAGUAACAGGCUGCUCUCACUGAAUAAUCCUUGCCAACCUCUGCCUUUUAACCAGCCACCUGAGCACUGGAAGUGAAGGCCGCACAUUGCUUCCUACUCAGAUUUGCCUCGAUCGCCUUUGAAAGAUGGAAGAUUGAGCCAAGUUAAAAAAAAUGCAUCGGUUACCUCUCCAUCUGCUCCACUUCAAAUGCCGUGCAGUCAAAUGAGCAUAAUUUUGUACUGGUCGGCAACAAAGCCUUGUCGCAUGAUGCAAAGACAGAGAGAAAGACGGAUGUGCAACAUUGCAAAACAUUGCUAGCACAUGGGGAACGAAUAGGGAAAUGUAGUAUAUGUCCAUUCCUCAGAAUUAGAACAUAAGAAUGGCCAUGCUGGGUCAGACCAGAGGUCCAUCUAGACCAGAAUCCUGUCUUCUGACAGUAGCCAAUGCCAGGUGCUUCAGAGGGAAUGAACAGACCAGGUAAUUAUCAACAACAUUUGAAUGCAAGGCUGUCUGAGUGUAGGGUACAUUAACUUGUAUGUACACAGUAUUAUUAAUAAUUAAGGCCUGGAUUGUGCCCCGUCUUACUUACCUUACUUCCCACGUAGCCCUGUUUAAAUCAAUAAGCUGUUGUCGUGCUCUGAGAGCAGCCCUAGUGAAAUCAGUGGAGCUUCAAGCAGAGGAAGGUACUAAGCAGCCUGAGUAAG